CGGUCGGUCCGUAGUCCGUACCCACCCGCUCCUGGCUCCAUCUCCAACGCAUCGACGCCGCGGGUGACUCCUCGCCCCUCCCUCUCUCUGCCGGAUCGGAUCCUCCGCCUCCGCUCCUCUCUCGGUCCAGCGCAGCGGGGGAAGAGAUCCGUCCAGGCGAGGUCUGGUCUGGUUCCCUCGUGCUGGAAGGAAUUUGAGUAGUAGCAUCGAUGAAUUUCCUCUACCGAACUGCGCAGCCUGCGGUACCUGAGCUGCCACGAAUUCCAGAGCAAGAUCACCACAAGGAUGCCUUGCAGAAGCCAGCUACGACACUGGAGGGUCUCAUCGCGGAGCAUCCGUACCAGCCCUCCUCGGCCCGCAGCGAAGACGGAGCUACUAAUAAUGGGCCUGGGGAUAUCGGUGGGGAUCCUGCAUCUCUAGAUUCCAAAAGUCCAGUCCCGCCGGGGACGCAUACUGAUGUCGCGGAGGACGAAGGAUGGAUUACAAUUCCAUACAAGGCGCUUCCUGAAAAUUGGAAUGAUUUUUCAGAAAUGGUGCAGUUGCAGCCUCUCGACCGCUCCUUCCUUUUUCCUGGUGAGCAGGUUCAUAUACUGGCGUGCCUGUCAGCUUCUAAGCAAGAUAUACAGGUUAUAUCCCCCUUCAGAAUUGCUGCAGUGAUGUCUAAGAAUGGAAAUUCUUUGCAACACUCCACAAAUGAAUCUAGUCCUGUCAGUGCAAAUGGUCAUGAUGAUGGAACAAGCGGAGAAAACGACUGUCAGGAUGUUGAGAAUAAUAUGCAGAGUGUUGACCUCAAUGAUGAAGCUUCUCCUUCGAAACAUGAUAUUUUGGUGACUCAAUCUCUCCUUCAAAAGGAAGAUCAUAAAAAACAAAUAGAACAUAUGUUGCAGAGAUUCAGAGAAUCCAAUUUUUUUGUCCGGAUUGCAGAGUCAGACGAACCUCUCUGGUCCAAGAAAAGAGUAACUGCAACUAAGAUGUCAGACGGACGGUAUUAUUCAGAUAGCCAGGGAAAUAGUAAGGCUUCUAGGAGUAAUGUUUACAAUACCAUUUCUGAUAAAGGGAUUUUUGAUGGUAGCACAUCUGGAGGAGUGGCUCGAGAUACUGUGAGGUGCUAUUCCCUGCAGAAUGGAGACAUAGUGGUUGUUUUGCAAGUGAAUGUUGGCGUCAACAAAUUGGAAGAUCCAGUGCUUGAAGUUCUUCAGUUCGAGAAAUGUAUAUCAAGCAAUUAUAUGCCUGAGAAUCUUAUGGAUGGACUUUCUGGCAGUAAUGAUGAUCCAUGUCGAGAGCUGCUUAGUUGGUUGCUCCCUUUAGAUCGCACAUUACCACCUCGUUCCUUAUCACCCCCUACUCUCAAUCCAAGUAUAUCACACAAGCAAUCUUAUUCUGCUCCUGGGUCUCAGAUAUUUAACUUCAGAAGUUUCUCAAUGCCUUCAUCCUCUUCUGUUCAGCCACCCAACAACAUAAGACCACAACCAAUAUCUGAAAUUCAAGAUUUUGUGCCGGAAAAGCCUGCAAAAACCCCUGAUAUUAUAAAUGAUGGGCAACUUUCGUUUAGAGGAGUUCCUUUGGAACCUGAACGGUAUUCUGUACGUUGUGGUCUAGAAGGGGUGUAUCUGCCAGGAAAAAGAUGGCGGAAAAAAGUUGAAAUUAUUCAACCAAUUGAGGUUCAUUCUUUUGCUGCAAAAUGUACUGUGGAAAAUCUUCUGUGUGUCACAGUAAAGAACAUUGCUCCAGCUCAUGCAAAAGAUAUAGUUGUAUUCAUUGAUGCAAUUACUAUCGUAUUUGAGGAGGCAUCCAAAGGAGGGGCUCCUUUGUCACUACCAAUUACCAGUGUUGAGGUUGGGCAUGGUCACAGCUUACCGAAUCUAGCACUUAGGAGGGACGAGCAGCACUCUUUUAUUCUCAAGCCGGCAACUAUGUCCUCAAGGGAUCGGAGGACCAACAGUGAUGCACCUCCGGCUUUGUCGCUCCCAACUAUGGCUGGAGCUGCUUCAAAUACUCAUACGCCAGGGGUUGGUGAGCCCUAUGUUGCUCUUAGUGACCAGUAUGCUGUACUGGUAUCUUAUCGCUGCAAUUACACAGAAUCAAAACUUUUUUUCAAGCAGGCCACAAGCUGGCAACCCUGUGCAGCUAGUGAUCUUAUGAUCUCUGUAUCAUCCGAACUGUCUCUACGAAACCCUAGUCUAAGUGCUCGAGUUCCUAAACUCCCUGUUCAGGUUUUGACCCUUGAAGCUACUAAUAUGACAUCUGAAAACCUUACGUUAACUGUACUUGCUCCAGAAGCAUCUGGUUCUUCUUCAGUUGUAUCCUUGAACUCAUCUCCAACCACACCAAAUAGUCCUUAUGAUGGUCUUAAUGAGUCAGCAAGAUCUAGUUUGUCCAAACAUCGAACUGGCUUUCGAAGAUUGAAUUCUGUCCUAGCUGGGUCUCCAAAAGAAAGUGACAACGGAGGAAAGAGAAUGAGUACUGCUUCAGGCUGUACUCAUCUGUGGUUGCAGAGUGCAGUGCCCCUAGGGUGUGUGCCGGUACGUUCAAGCACCACUGUCAAACUUGAACUACUUCCAUUAACAGAUGGAAUCAUUACACUUGAUACGCUUCAAAUAGCCGCAAGGGAGAAAGGCCUUACAUACAUACCGGAGCACUCCUUGGAGAUACAUGCUACUUCUGGCAUUUCAUCAGGAAGGUCAUAGGAUAUGAGCGCAAGUGGUGUAUUAUUCUGUACCUUGGAGUCUGGGACUCAACCUUUGGAAAGAGUGUGAAGCCACCGGACCAAGCAUGUAGUCAUUUGUAUUGGAUUUUGACAAAGACGCUCUUGCACGAUCACGGAGCCAAAUAACUCCAGACAUAGCCAAAGGAUGGUCGCUGCCAUAAGCGGAGAAAUGAGCACAAUACUCUAGUGUAUCAUAAUCAAAUGAGCACAAUACUCUGUGUAUCAUAAUUUGGUUCCCAAAUCCAUUCAUGUUUCAUAGACGGGUCCCUGAGCUACUGGGGUUGUCUACACCGGCCUGUGAAAUUUGUAAUGUUGUGUUUCAUAGUUUUGAUUGCUUUUUUGUUGUGGUGGUCAUUUUUUGUUACAUGUAAACCUUGUCAUUGCUUUGUUUGGGCUCUUAUCAGAAUGUUGUGGAAAAGUGAAACAUGUGGAUCCCUAGUUCAUUUUCAUAGUAACUCUAGUUAGUUGA